GAACGUCUCAUUGCACCCGGUGGUGUUGCAGAGGCAAUCGCUCGACACUCUUUCGUCAAGAUUAUGAACAUUUCUGGAGAUUUUUGCAAGAAAUUGUGGACUGAGGGAUAAAGGUGACAUAUAUUGGUUGAUGUUACCAGAUAUUCUUGUCAAGUUUAAUGUAUAGGUAUAGUUUAUUGUCCUGGUAUAUGAAGUAUGAAGUCUGCUUUUGUACUGUAGCACAUUGACACCCAUGGAACUACACUUUCCAUGAUUAGAAAAACUGAAGUGAAUUUAGAAAAAGAUACUACUGCUCACAUGAAAAAGGAGCCAUUUGUGUGUAAAAUACUGGAAACUAGUUUUGUUGGCAACACCACCUCAGAACUUGAAGGCCAGUUCACACUGGAGGGAGGCAGUUCAGAUUCCGUGAAUGUGGUAAAGCGUUUUCCCAGAAACAAAUUCACUUGAAGUAUAUUAAAACUCAUCGUGAAAAGAAGGCCUGGAAGUGGGAAAACUUUUUCUCAUUUCUCAAAAAACUCAUCCUAACAGUUAUACGAGGGCUCACAUUGUGGGGAAUCCAUUCAAGUGUAAAUACUGUGGGAAAGAAUUUUUCAGAUAACUAAUCUUAAAAGUCAUGAGGGAUCACGUUAGAAAGAAACCAUUUGAAUGUAAUGACUGUGGGAAAGCAUUUUCUCAUAAAGGUGAUCUUAUCAAACAUGAGAGGAUUCACACUGGAGAGAAACCAUUUAAAUGUAAUGACUGUGGGAAAGCAUUUUCUCAGAAAGUUGCUCUUAACGUUCAUAUGAGGCUUCACUCUGGAGAGAAGCCAUUUAAAUGUAAUGACUGUGGAAAAGCAUUUUCCCUGAAAGGUGAUCUUAAAUAUCAUAUGAGUGUUCACACUGGAGAGAAGCCAUUUAAAUGUAAUGACUGUGGGAAAACAUUUUCUCGGAAAAGCAAUCUUAACAUUCAUAUGAGGGUUCACACUGGAGAGAAGCCAUUUAAAUGCAAUGACUGUGGGAAAGCAUUUUCUCGGAAAGGUGAUCUUAAAUAUCAUAUGAGGGUUCACACUGGAGAGAAGCCAUUUAAAUGCAAUGACUGUGGGAAAGCAUUUUCUCGGAAAGGUGAUCUUAAAUAUCAUAUGAGGGUUCACACUGGAGAGAAGCCAUUUAAAUGCAAUGACUGUGGGAAAGCAUUUUCUCGGAAAGGUGAUCUUAAAUAUCAUAUGAGGGUUCACACUGGAGAGAAGCUAUUUAAAUGUAAUGAUUGUGGGAAAGCUUUUUCUUUAAGAGAUAACCAUAGACCCCAGGUGGGGUCCUAAUGCACCCCUGAUAUAAAUUGAAAAUUAAGAAAACCAUAUGCCAGAGAGAUACAGUCACAGAGACGAGAAACUUAGAAUGGGAAAGUGGAAUGACCAUAGAAGGGGAGGAAGAUUUCAAGAACAGGAAAAAGGUCACAUAGCCAAAGAAGAAUUACUUAGAUGGAUAAGAAAUGGAGAUAUAGGUUAGAAUGGAGAAAGGCUGGUAAUAUGGCUUCAAGAAAAUGGCAGGCAUAUCAGGAAGUGACCAGUGUAGGUUUUGUCAUGCAGCAGUUAGAGUGUUGGUCAUCUGAUAUCAGCCUGCCAGACCCUACUUGCAGAUGGUCACUAUACAGCCUGCCACAGCAAGAUCUGGAAAUAUAUACAUUGGAAAAUAUGUAAAGAAUACAGAAUUGAAGUUAAAGAAAAAGUGUGGAAGUAUGAACCAGAUCCAGUUACCUCCAAUAGGACUGUUACCAUCUUUUAUGACAAUGAAAUUCCAACAGGAAGAAAUAUUGUAGGAGGUGCUAUAAAACCUGAUAUUGUGAUCUGGAACAAGGAAGAAAAAACAGAACAGAUUAUAAAUGUGAAAGUACCCAGUGACUUUGGCCUCAAUAGAGCUGAAAGUCACAAAUAACAAAAUACCAAGACCUAAAGAAUGACCUGAAAAGCACAUGGGAACUGAAGGAAAUAGGAAUAAUACCUGUGGUCAUAGGGUCAACAGGACUUAUAAAAAAAACCUGAAAAAAUAUCUUCAGGCAAUACCAAGUUGCCCAAGUAAGUAUAAAUGAAGUGCAGAUUGCUGCCCUCCAAGGAAUGGUAAACAUCUUGAAAAGAGCCCUCAGAUAUAAGACUAGUGGAAUAUAGAGGUACAACCAUAGACCCUAGUCGAGGGCCCAUUGCACCCCUGAUAUAAAUUGAAAAUUAAGAAUAACAGGCCAGAGGUGUCAUAUAAAUGUAAUGACUGUGGGAGAACAUUUUCUCCUUGGGAACAACCUCGCCCUCUUGGUUAACCUCACCUAUGUGGGGGAUAUCGUCUGAGUAUUGCAACUUCGCUGGUUUUUGUUAUUUCUCAUCUGUGUGUGACCUCAUGUGAGUGUUGCAGCCUUGCAUGUUUUAGAUGAUCACCUCAUCUUUGUUAGCCCUGUUGUGGUUGCAUUUGUUUAACACAGUCAUAUUUAUUUCUUGUUUGGGGCUAAGGGAUGGAUUGUGACAAAGAUGUCACAAUAUUAGAAAGUGUCUUAUUGCCUCUUAUGUAGUAUGUAUAAUUGUGCAAUGUAUACCUUUUGUUAUGGUAGUAUUUUGCAGGAGUAAUGUGUUUAAGCUUGCCUCAUUAAUGCUGUUGCUAAAAUAGUAACUAUUUUGGAUGUGUGGUUGUUUUCACUUUAGCUUUAUCUGUAAUUUCAGAUUUAAUUUUUGAGGUUUUGUACUGGCUCUGUUUAAUGUAAUUUACUGACUGUUUAAUGUACUAAUUGAAGUCAUUUGAUUCACCUAUUUUUUCUGAUUCUCUUAAAUAUAAUACUUGUUCUGUUAAUGGUCAUUUUUUAUGUUUAUUGAGUUCUGUAAUUUACAUAUUUACUCUUGAUUUCUGUAAUUUACAUAUUUACUCUAUUUUUGGCUUUGAUUGUUCUGUUUCUUGUGUAUUUAUAUUACGGACUCAAUUUUUAUGAAUUUACCGACUGUUAAAAUAACUGAUAUUUAGUGUAACUAACUUUUGGUCAUUUAUUUUACUGACUCAUUUUGUUUUGAUUUUGAUCAUUGUUUCAUGACCAUUUAUGUACUGACUUUAUGAUGGUAUUUUAUAACUUUUUCAUGGCCAUCUACUUAUGAACCGGAC